GGGAGUGGGAAGAACCAGAAGAGGUGUGUUGUGAUGUGUCUUUUUAGCUCUUGAGGAAGCAGGACACAAUUCAUUUCUUCAGAUCUUUGCUCCAACAUCCAGGUAAAAAAUUGUCUUAAAAGAGUGAAGAUGGAAGGCAGCAGCAAUUCACUUUGUCAGAGUUUGAGCCCACUUUUAAACCAGCUUUGUGAAGACCCCAGGGUGGCCUGGCUUCUGAACACCAGACUGGGGCAGUAUCUCCGUCAGCAUCCCGUCUUCGGCCUGAGCGUGCUCCUCUUCACGUCCAUGGCUGUUCUGCCUGUUGGGCUUUUUGUCGUUUUCGCCCUGGUGACUCUGGUGAUGUCAGCAGUGGGCUUCGUUUUCGUUGAGGUGUUCCUGUUGUUUGUAGCUGCACUGACGCUGCUGUUCACACUGUCAGGACUCGCCUUCUUCUCACUGGUGGCCUCUUUCAUCUUUGGCACUUUUUAUAUGAUGGUUCUGAACCUUUAUAGGGGCUACUACCAACAUGAGGCAACGCAAAGCAGGCCCACAGCUGCUGAAGAGGAGAGAGUCGACUCUCAAAACUGAUUUGAUUUUAGGAAACAAAGCUAUUAUUAUCUUUUAUAGGUUGUAAUAUAUGGUAUUUUAUGCAAUAUGAACAGUUACUUUAAAUGUAUUUUAAAAACACUCAUUUAUAGUGCAAUAUGUUUGUGAGAGAACUGGUGGGCAACGUACAUUGGCUGUAAAAUGAUGCAAGUGGAGUUACUCAGACCAAAGUGUUAAGAAUGUGAUGCCUGCAUAUGUCUAAUGAUGGACUAUUUUAUCUGUAAAAUGCACUAAUGUUUAAAUGAAUGUGACCCUUCUUUUAAGAUAUAAUUACAUGUUACUAUAUUAUUAAACAUAUAUUUAUUAUACAAAAUAAAAGCAACUAUUUGAUAAAUUA